AUGAGUGAGAGGAGGCGAUCUGCCGCAGCUCUGAGCUCUAGAGCCCACGCUUUUUCCGUGGAAGCCCUGAUCGGCUCCAACAAGAAGAGGAAGCUCCGGGGCUGGGAGGAGAAGGAGCUGGAGUUGUCCAUGGAGAGCCUCGCCACGGACGGAGAGGACCCGGCGCACUGUCUGGAUAUGGACCCGGACUCGGAGGCGAGUCCCGGCUCAGACGGAGAGGGUCUGGCCGAGAGGACGUCGUGCUCCUUCGGCUCACCCGCCGACCUUGCCCCCGGCCCCUGCGACCCGUCUCCCCCGGCCUCCAUGGAGGAGAUCCAGGUGGAGCUGCAGUGCGCGGACCUGUGGAAGCGCUUCCAUGACAUCGGCACUGAAAUGAUCAUCACCAAGGCGGGAAGGAGGAUGUUUCCUGCCAUGAGAGUAAAGAUAGCAGGCCUGGACCCUCAUCAGCAGUAUUACAUCGCCAUGGACAUCGUACCCGUGGACAACAAGAGAUACAGGUAUGUGUACCACAGCUCCAAGUGGAUGGUGGCGGGAAACGCUGACUCCCCCGUGCCACCGCGGGUCUACAUCCACCCGGACUCUCUGGCCUCAGGAGACACCUGGAUGAGGCAGGUGGUCAGCUUCGACAAGUUAAAACUCACCAACAACGAGCUGGACGACCAGGGACAUAUCAUCCUCCACUCCAUGCACAAGUACCAGCCUCGCGUUCAUGUCAUCAGGAAGGACUUCAGCAGCGAACUGUCGCCCAACAAGCCGGUGCCCAGCGGGGAGGGAGUCAAGACCUUCAGCUUCCCUGAGACGGUCUUCACUACUGUCACUGCUUACCAGAACCAGCAGAUCACCAGACUAAAGAUCGACCGAAACCCGUUCGCCAAAGGUUUCCGAGACUCAGGCAGAAACAGGACCGGCCUGGAGGCGAUCAUGGAGACCUAUGCUUUCUGGAGACCUCCUGUGAGGACCCUCACGUUUGAAGAUUUCACCAAUAUGCAGAAACAGCAAGGUGGAAGCACAGGAACUUCUCCCACAACUUCCAGCACAGGAACCCCGUCCCCAUCUGGUGCGGCACACCUCCUGUCCCCCUCCUGCUCCCCUCCAACCUUCCACCUGGCCCCCAACACCUUUAAUGUAGGCUGCAGGGAGAGCCAGCUCUGCAACCUGGGGCUGUCUGAGUAUCCAGCCUGCGCCCGCAGCAACAUGGCGGCCCUGCAGGGCUACGGCGGCCUGGCCGACAGUUCCUACGGACGCCUCCAGGCCGCAGGGGGCGCUGUGGCCUCCGCUCAGCCCUCCGAAUCCUUCCUGCCACAGAGGACUUCCUCCUUGAUUGCCGCCGGCAUGCAGGGUGGCCCGCACGCCUCCCUGACCGGCGGCGGCGGUGGCGGCAGCAGCACCGGAGGAAAGAUGGAUGCCUACAGCGGUCAGCUGGGCUCCUUCCCAGCCUCGCAGCUUCAGUAUGUGAUGCAGGCGGGGGGUAGCUCCAGCACCGCCUCAUCCUCUUCAUCCGGAUCCUCACCUUCCUCCGCUCACAUGUUCAGCGGGAGCCACCAUCACGUGCAGCAGGGCUCCUAUAAUGCUUUCUCCCUGCACAACCCUUACAACCUGUACGGAUACAACUUCCCCACCUCUCCUCGCCUGGCCGCCAGCCCCGAGAAGCCCCAGGGAGGGUUGCUGUGCUCCUCCUCUCCCGCGGGGGCUUUCGCCGAGCGCCAGUACCUGUCCAACGGAGGCAUGGACACUAUGCACAUGAUCGGCAACACCAGCGGCGGUCAGCAAGGCGGUGGCUCCUGCGACGGCCGUCAGUAUAGUUCCACCUCUCAGAUGUCAAUGCACAUGGUGUAAAAAAAAAAACAAGGGAGCCCUCAUAGUUCUCCAUGUCCAAAGUCUUUCAGCUGAAAAGCAAAUCUAAAAAAAAAAAAUC